GUCGCCACGGUUAGAGUCUUUACGAUUGAUUCAGUUGAGGUAAUAAUAGCGGAUCAUUUCCAUCCGGUUGGGAUCUCUACAUUGAAGUGACAGGACUAUUGAAUCAAUUCUUCAAAAAAUAUUUUCCGUUGAAGGAUAUAUAUACAGUUGUAAAGAGAAAGCAGCAUUUUAUAUUUCCAAGCAGUCGAUAGUAGAAGGUGUACAUGCAUACUAUCGGCUCAGACUACAUGGAGUCUCCACUCGGACAUUUGAAAGGCGAUUCCUAUCCCUCACCCCCUCGGGCCCACUCUAGCCCUGGACCUACCCCCGGGACGAUCAGCCUCACACACGGGAUGAUUCCAACGGUUAAUCACAACAAUAGUUUACUGAGUAAACUACACAAAGCUACUACUUACAGCUCGCCACCGCCCAUAGCUUGUAAUCCUGACAACAAUAUUUGUAAAUUAAUUGAAUAUAGAAAUGCAAAAGUUGCAGCAUUUGUGGUGGACGGCAGGGAACUUAUCUGUCUGCCCCAGGCAUUUGAACUUUUCCUGAAACAUCUUGUGGGAGGACUUCACACAGUCUACACAAAACUCAAACGACUGGACAUUCUACCCGUGGUCUGCAAUGUCGAACAGGUGCGAAUUCUCCGGGGGUUGGGCUCCAUCCAACCUGGCGUCAACCGAUGUAAGCUGAUCUCGUGUAAAGAAUUCGACAUCCUCUAUGACGAUUGCACAAAUUCCAAUGCCCGACCUGGUCGUCCUCCCAAGAGGAACCCACACAUCCAUGCCAGCCCAGAAACUCUGGAGAAACUGAAAAAGAGUCGUCUGGAUGGUGAUCACUUCCAGUAUGACCCAAGACUAUAUGGUCUUUCAAAUUUACUUACAGACCGGAAGUCUUUAUUCAACGGAUUUGCCCACCAUCCCUAUGCCAUGGGACCACUGCCAUUUAUGCCCCUGAACCAUCCCAUGAUUUCUCCACCAACCUCAAUUGCUAUGGCAACCCAUCUUGGCCUUCGACCUGAUGGUUCCAUUAUCAAGGACAGGUCAAGUUCGGAAUCUGACCUCAUGUCACCAAGAUCUAGAGAUGAACGUCUGGAAGCUGCCAUGAAGAUGGGUCGUGUGUCUCCUCACUAUGACUCGGAGAGAUUGCACCGCACCUCGGAAUAUGACAACAACAAACCUCUGAACCUUCACAUUAAUGGACACACGAAGGACAUUAGCAACAGGUUCUCCAAUGGCAAGAGUGAUGAGGAUGAAGAUGAUGACGACAGGCUAUCUGACGAAAGAGAUGAUGACUUGGAUGACAGCAUGGACCCUAGUGAGUCGGGCAACAACAGUGAUAUUGGGGAAAAGCAUACAGCCCCUCCCACCACCUUCCCUACAGAACUCCUCAAUGGGGAAACACCCUCCAUCUCCUCAAUAGAAACCCUCCUCCUCAACAUCCAAGGACUCCUCAAGGUUGCAGCAGAAAACGCCCGCCACCAUGAAAGGCAGCUUAGCUACGAAAAAGCUGAGCUGAAGAUGGAGCUGAUCAGAGAGAAAGAAGUUCGUGAGAGUCUGGAGAAACAGCUGUCUGCUGAACAGAGAAGCAAAGUUAUGCUUCUGAAGAGGAUAAAGAAGGAGAAGAAGAUCCGAAGGAAACUUCAGGAACAACAGCUGAUGGACAUGUCACUUGAGCAGCAGAUAAAACCCUCACACAGCCCCAACACGGCCAGUGUACCAAGUCCCGACUCUGUAAAAAACAACAAUGAAUCUGCAAGUGAAAAAGAAGUUGAGAAGGAGAUACCUAAUGAGGCUAUGGACAGGCGAAUGAGCUGUAGUACAGAAUCCCAAGAACGCCCAAGCCACCUGUUUGAGAACUACCUUUCACACAGCAGCAAUAACACCAGUAGGUUUCCAUACUUACCGAUGGUGAAGGAUGUACAAUAGGCCUGUGGCCCCAACAGACCUCCAUACUUUUUAUCUUACCAUAUUGGAAUAAAUGAUCUCAGACGCAUAGAUGAGUGGGAAGAUGUGAAGAAAGAAUGAAUUUUAAUGUUGUAAGGGAUCUAAAAAUCUGCCACAGUAAAACAAAUGUCUUGAAAUGAAACAUUGAAGACAAAGAUUGUGUUCCAGUCUAUCGAAGAACUUGAUGUGGAAAGUUUAAGCCAAUUCAUUGUCUGUUGAUAUGACAUCUGUUGGCUUUAUUAAGGAUAUACAUUAUUAGGGAUUCAAAGACACAAAAAAUCAAAACCUUGAACAAGAAUUCAAGGGGAAGUUUGAUUGGACAAUUCAAAACCAUUUUAACCAUUCAGAAUCCUUGACAGAAAUACAGGUACAGAUAUAAAAAUCCUGAUUGAUCAGUCAGUUCAUUGUGUAACAUGUUUUAGUUAAAAAUAAAUCAAAGUGUUUAUAUGUUAAGUUAAAUAUAUUUGAUCUAGGAGAUUUUUCUACUCAAUUAGUUACUAUUCAUCAGUGUAUCUUCUGUUGUUGUAAAACUAUACAUGUGCUUGUUACAUGAUGAAGAAUUGCUCUCCCCAAUAUCAGUGGAUUGAAAUACAACAUUGAAUAUUUAUGGGUGUACAUAUAUGUAUAGUGAUAUUUUUUCACAACUAAAUGUUUAUUCUUUGUGCCAUUUUGUGUUGGAAAAUCCAAUGGUGUUGAAAUUAUUUUACAUCCUGUUUCUUUUACUGAAAUUGCAAUAUAUCAAAAUUCAUUUGAAUAACUAAACAUAUA